ACUCGUCGUCGGAGGCUCGCCGGGGUCUGCUCGCGUCGGGUUCUCGUACAGGUGAUCCCGGGUCACCUUGGUCUUCCUGCCAUGGAGCAACAGCCGCAGCCCGCUGUAAAGAUCAGGAACCUGCCCUGGGUUGAGAAAUACCGACCACAGACACUGAAUGAUCUCAUUUCUCAUCAGGACAUUUUGAGUACCAUUCAGAAAUUUAUCAGUGAGGACCGCCUGCCACACCUACUUCUUUACGGCCCUCCAGGGACAGGAAAAACAUCCACCAUCCUCGCCUGUGCUAAGCAGCUGUACAAAGAUAAAGAAUUCAACUCCAUGGUCUUGGAGCUGAAUGCUUCCGACGACCGAGGCAUAGAUAUCGUGCGGGGACCAAUCCUGAGCUUUGCCAGCACCAGGACAAUAUUUAAGAAAGGGUUUAAACUCGUGAUCCUGGACGAAGCCGACGCCAUGACUCAGGAUGCCCAGAAUGCCUUGCGACGAGUGAUUGAGAAGUUCACAGAAAAUACCAGAUUUUGUCUCAUCUGCAACUAUCUGUCCAAGAUCAUCCCGGCCCUGCAGUCCCGCUGUACCAGGUUCCGCUUUGGACCCCUGACGCCAGAACUCAUGGUCCCCCGCCUGGAGCACGUGGUACAAGAGGAGAAAGUGGAUAUAAGUGAAGAUGGAAUGAAAGCACUUGUGACUCUGUCCAGUGGAGAUAUGCGCAGGGCUCUGAACAUCCUGCAGAGCACCAACAUGGCCUUUGGGAAGGUGACAGAGGAGACUGUGUAUACCUGCACAGGGCACCCACUAAAGUCAGACAUCGCCAACAUUCUGGACUGGAUGUUGAACCUGGACUUCACCACUGCCUACAGAAAUAUCAUGGAGUUGAAAACCCUGAAGGGCUUGGCGUUACACGACAUCCUGACGGAGGUUCAUCUGUUCGUGCACAGAGUUGACUUUCCAUCUUCAGUUCGAGUACAUUUACUGGCCAAAAUGGCAGACAUUGAGUACAGACUCUCUGUUGGCACCAGCGAGAAGAUUCAGCUGAGUUCCCUCAUUGCUGCCUUUCAAGUCACCCGAGACCUGAUUGUGGCAGAGGCCUAGGCACUCUGGGGCCACCGUGACUACAGGGAAUAUGGCAGCUUGCUUGCUGGUUAUUAUAAGCAACUUUGGGACAACUUGCAUUUGUAUGAAAGCCUUUUGUCUGUGCUAGCAAAGAAAAAAACCUCUGGAGGUCAUUUCUGAUAAAGGCAUCAAAUUACAGCAUGGGCCUUAACUUGCCACCGACCUGACUUACAACUUUUGGUGGUACAUAGUACAAAGGCGACAAUGCAUUCUGCAGAUGCUUCUGAUGGCCAUCUUUUUAAUUUCUCUCAAUUUGUGAUAGGGCAGGGUUGUCUGGUGUUGGCUGCCACACCCCCAUGACUCCACUUCUGCACGCCAUGGUACUCAC